CGCAGAGGGGGGGGGGAGUGUCCGAAUGUAGCGUAGCGUGGAGACCUCUGGACCCUUUCACUCGCUUCCUUUUCCUUUUUUCGCCGCUGCCUUUUUUCCGGUUCUUGCGCUGAGCCCGUUCAUCUUUACGGACCACAAACUCAACAUGGCAGACCUCCAGGCCCAGUUCGAGUGCGCCGCCACAGAUGUGAAGAACCUGAAGGCCAAACCCUCAGACGAUGAGAUGCUGCAGGUUUACUCUCUGUACAAACAGGCCACAGUGGGAGACGUCAACACAGCUCGUCCGGGGAUGUUGGAUUUCAUGGGAAAAGCCAAGUGGGACGCCUGGGAGAAACAGAAAGGGAAGGCGAAGGAGGCCGCCAUGCAGGAGUACGUGAACCUGGUGAACGAGCUCAAGACCAAGUACGGCUUCUGAACCUCGCCUUAACGCUGUAACCACGGCAACGGAUACGGAUGUAGAACUCAAGCCACGCCCCCCUUUUUAGGUCCACGCAGUUUAGGUGCUCACGUCUCGUCAUGUUUUCUACCUGAGUCCGCUCAUUUCAAAAUAAAACUCUGAAACAACCUGA